AUGAAAAUAAUCUUCUACGGCUCCAAUUUGAUUCCACGUUAUGCACUUCUUUUGAUGGGGAACUCGUACUUUGAGCCAAGCUUUAGUGGUGGAAUCAUCGAUAUCAACAACUUGGAUCACAAUGACGUUUGUAAUGCAACCAGCAAACAGUAUAUUCUCUUGGUACCAAUAGUCAUUCUCAACUCUCUUGCUACCGUGGCUGCCUUCGUUCGAACGCGUAAUCUUGCAGAAUGGUGA